AGUAAAAAACCGUACCCACACUUUACCCGCGCUUAUCAAGUGUGCCCAAGAAAGUGGGGAUUUGGUGUGGUUCGAAACACCUUCGACCACACGCAAAAAAAGUGGAGUACCUCACCAAUUCGGGUGCCCAUUGAUAAGUGUGGAGCACACUCUAAAAUUCUAUUGUAAAUAUUCGCUCCGCUACCCCCGGCAUUUCCCCCUCUCAAUCACGUGACGAAAAAGGGUGUUCCUAAGUGUCCAUCCCCUCAUUUAUGACCUUGAAACUACUUUCCACUGACCAUUCGUGUAGACAGGAAAUCAAAAACAGAAAAGAAAAAUGGAGUACGGUCGUGACUAUUAUGCUGGUGAAAAACUUGACGACCAUUGUGAAAAGUAUGCAUUAGUGAUUUGGGAAAAUGGCGGAGACGUAGAAAACCAAUGCUGUUGUGUUAACAUUAAAAAAAUUUGGAUUCCUGAAAUGCUUACAAACUCCAAAAAAAGAAAAUUAAAUGUGUCUUCAAACUCCAUUGAAAUCGAACGUGGUGAAACAUCUACAGUGCAAAAAAAAGUAAGAGUAAAACAGACGAACGGUGCUGUGUCCGUGGAAUGCAAGAUUAUGCCAGACGAAGAAAUGAUGCAGUCAAUGGUGAUGUGGUUAAGGACCCACUCGUCGUCUGUCAGUAACACUCCAAAAAUCGUCAAUUACAUGGAAGAAACAUUCGUCUACCGGGAAAUCCAGCAAAACAAAAACAAGUUUCAGUGUGCCAGUGACGUUCUUAAAGAAUAUCCCCGUUACGUUGACGUUGAGGAGGGUUUCUUGAUCCUUCAGGAUUUUAAACGAAAGUAUCCUGCCAGCGAUCCGGCUGCCCUAAACAAAAAAUUUUUAUCAAAAUUUUCAUCUUCUUUGGUAAAAUUGGCCAAAAGGAAGGGAGAAUCUAUUCCGAAAUGCAGUGAUGAAUGUUUAAGAUCCCUGGUAUUAACUCUUCAGUUACUGCCAAGUGUCAACAACGUUAAAAAAGCCAGCUUUGACUCAAAACUAGGUCGCCUUUUCCUCUUUGUAAAGGAAAAUGAAUGCAUUUCAACCUUGGCUGAAAAGAAAGAUUCUACAUACCAUAAGCAGCCAUUCCUUGUUGUCACCGGGACGAUGGAGCACCCUAUUUCUUUCAAUUUGGUGAUUGACAAAACUGUUAUUCCUCUAGGAUGUGAAUGUUCUAGAGCAUUUAAUGUUUUAUUUGCUUCUUUUUUCAUUUUUCGUCUUGAAUAUCCUAAGUAUUUAGUCAAAUUCUUCAUUUUUUUCGAACAGUUUGUUUUCGAGAUUUUCUUGAGUAAAAAUAACAAAAUAAACGCAUCAAAUCAAGAUUUUGUCAACGUCCUCGAACACAUUGCAGGCGAUGAGGCUUUUAAUUCCUGA